AUCAACUGUUUUAGUUCAAAGGAUAUUAUCAAAAUACGGACUCUUAAGUUGACGACUGUGUUGAGUUGGGACGGUCAAAAACAACGCUACUAAAAUGACGCUCCGACUAAUUCUCCUGGUUGUGGCCGCUGUAUCUACUGCAAAUGCCGCUGUAUUCCAAAACCCCGAUGACGGCCCGGAGGACAUGCAUUUCCCUGUUGUCCGCGCCCUUAACAACAUUCUCUCCAAGAAUAUGGAUCAGUUGUACACACUCCUGUUGAUGAAAAUGAAGUACGCCAAGUAUUUCGCCAUUGAUGAAGAUAAAAGACUAGAAAUGGACAAGUACAUCGGUUACAAGGCGGAUACUUUGAUGAAGACCAUCGACUACUCUGGCUCCAGAGGACUCACUCCUGAAAUUGACGACCCUCAGCCAUAUGACAUGACCGAGUGCGAUGAAGUGUAUGGCUGUUGGAAGGUCAAUCUCAAAAUGGAAAGAGAAAUGUACAAGGCCCUGCAGGAAGGUUACAGCUCAGCUGGCAAUCACGAGGAUGCUGAUGUCCAGGCUAAAAUGGUUCCUCAGAUCCAACACUGUCUUGGUGCCAUCAAUUUCCACAAGGGCGAAAUCGCCAAGAUUGACGCGGUGAUUGUCGCCAAGGCCGCCAAGCAAACAGCGUUCGAAUUCAGUCAGAAGAAGCAGACUAUUAUUGGAGGAGACCCAGCAGUCCUUUACCCAGGAAGCCAAUAAAAUAGCAACUGGUCUAUCAUUAGAGAAAAGAUGAAUGCAAUGGCAUGUCACCAGCGGCAAAUACACAAUAAACAUUUAGUUCUAUAGGCAAUCAAAGAACCAACCAGGACGACCUUGGCUUUGCAUUGUAUGCUUAUGGAUUAAGACUAUUUUAUUAAGAUAAGAAGUAACUUUAAACACGAUUGUUUUUGAAUAUCGUUGUCAUGUCACCGCCGAUUCGGUACAUUACUUUCUACUUUGAUGCAUGUAUUAUAUGUAUAAUACUUAUCUACGUGUAAAUAAAACUAGCGAUAUUCUGACA